AUGGUGGUGCUGAGGUGGGGCAAGUACAUGAACGUGCGCGGACCGGGACUGAGGCUGGUGGUUCCUUUCAUGGAUCAGGCGGUAAAGGUGGACAUAAGGGAGCAGGUGGACAGGGUGCCAACCCAGAAGUACAUCACCGCCGACAACGUGGUGGUGGACAUGGACUUUGUGAUCUACUACAAGGUCCUCCAGGGUGAUGACGAGGUCAGGAGGGCCGUCAUGGACAUAGAAAACUACAGAAUGGCUACGAUUAACCUCUCCUUUGCCACCCUCAGGGCCGUGAUAGGCUCCACAAGCCUGACGGAGGCGCUAUCUGAGCGGGAGAGGAUUCGCGACCAGCUUCAAGUGCGUAUGGACGAGGUCACCGGGCGUUGGGGUAUCAAGGUGAGCCAGGUGGAGAUCAACGAGAUUGACCCGCCGCCCGGCGUGAAGGCCGCUAUGGAGCGGGAGAAGUCCGCCGCGGCCAUAAAGACGGCCGAGAUCACGGAAUCCGAAGGCUCUCGCCAGGCCGCGAUCAACCGGGCCGAGGGCGAGAAGCAGUCGGCCAUUCUUACGGCGGAGGGAUCGCGCGAGGCCGAGAUCCUUAACGCGGAGGGAGACCAGCAGGCGGCCAUCCUCCGCGCCGACGGCUUCAGCACCGCCCUGGACAGGAUAAACGCUGUUGCCCAGUCCGCGGACGCCAGGACUAUGAGCCUCCAGUACUUCGAUACGCUGAGGCAGAUGGGCAACAGCCCUGCAACCAAGUUCAUAUUCCCAAUGGAGUUCACCAGUAUGCUGGAGUCCUUCAUAGGCUCAACGACACGGCGGCCGAACGAUCAGUAG